AGACUAUGAAGACUCCAAUGAGCUUAGAAGCUUACCCAGUGAUACGGAGGUUGAGGGAUCAUUUGCUAGAAGGAAGAAUGUGUGCUGGUUUAACCUUGCAACCGAUAUGGAUGAUCCACAAUUCAAGCUAGGGAUGAAAUUCGACAACGUCAAGAUUCUAAGGAAUGCAGUAGUUCAAUACUCAGUCAAAAAUUCUAGGCAACUAAGAUACGUGAAAAAUAUGAGGACAUAGUUGGGAGUUCGAUGUCAAGAUAAUUGCCCUUGGGUUCUGUAUGCGUACCAACAACUCGACAAGAGUUUUAGAAUAUAUACAUUGGUAGAUAAGCACACAUGUACCAUGGUGUGGCAAAAUAAAAGGGUUAAUUCAGGUUUUCUGGCAAAGAAAUACGUGAGAAAAUUUAGUCUAAUCCCAACAUUCCAAUGAGUAGUUUUAUGGAGACUGUGAAAGAGGACUGCAUGUUUGAGAUUUCAAAGCAUCAGUUCUACAGGACAAGAUCGAAAUGUGCAGAAAUUAUCAAUGUGAUUGUAGCUUAGCAGUAAAAAAUUUUAUGGGAUUACGGUGAGGAAUUGAAGAGAAUAAAUCCAGGCAGUACAGUGUAAAUCGAAGGCUCGGGACAUACUUUUAAGAGAUUGUACAUCUGUCUGCAUAGGGGCUUGUAAGGAAGGGUUUAAGGCUGGGUGCAGGCCAGUUGUUGGAUUGGAUGGAUGCUUCGUAAAAUCUGCAGAAUGUGGGCAGUUGGCAGCUGUUGGCAUCGAUGGUGAGAACUGUAUGUUCCAUUAGCAUGGGCAGUUGUGGAUGCAGAGAACAAAACAAAUUGGCAAUGGUUCAUGGAAUUGUUAGUUCAUGACAUAGGGAUGCACAACCCUUGAGUUUGGACAUUCAUUUCCAACAAACAAAAGGGUUUGAUGGAUUCCAUAAGUCAAUACUGUGAAGGAGCAGAACAUAGGUGUUGUGCUAGACAUCUUUAUAGCAAUUUCACCUUGGCACACAAAGGUCUGGUCCUUAAGAACCUAUUUUGGACUGCAGCAAGGGCAACAACAGUGCCAGAAUGGAAGAGUGCAAUGAAUGAGUUAAAAGACAUAAGUGAAGAGGCUUACAACUGGUUCUUUGAAAAACCUCCUUCCCAGUGGACCAGAUCCCGUUUUGAAGAGCAUUCGAGAUGUGAUAUUCUUCUUAAUAAUUUGUGUGAGGCAUUCAAUUCUUCUAUUGUUGUUGCCAGAGAUAGGCCCAUCAUCUCGAUGCUAGAGAAAAUUUGGCAUCAACAAAUGAUAAGGAAGAAUGUAAAAAGGGAAGCAGCACAGAGGUGGGAUCAUGCAUUCGGGCCAAGAAUUGUGAAAAUCAUUGAGAAUGCUACUUCUGAGGCAAGGUACUUGAAGGCACUCUAUGUAGGCAACCAUAAGUUUGAGAUAAGCAGCAGAGACGAUUUGAGGUGGAGUGUUGACUUGACAAAACAUGCAUGUGCAUGCAGAAAAUGGCAGUUCACUGGAAUACCAUGCCCCCAUGCAAUAUCAGGCAUGCUUUCAAGGGAUAUUGGCAUAUAUGAGUACAUCGACCCAUGGUAUAUGAAGGAAACAUACCUUAAGUGUUACUCCCCAGUGAUCCACUCGAUGUCAGGGCCUGAACUGUGGCCAGAAUUGGGAAAACAUUCUCUCAAUCAACCUUAGAAGAGAAAACAGGCUGGCAGACCCAGAAAAUAAGGAAGAGGUCACAGGCAAAGCCACCUACAGGAGUUAAGAUGGGAAUGACUGGCAUGAAGAUGACGUGUAAACGCUGUGGAGGGUCUGGACAUAACAAAAGAAGCUGUAAGGGGGCACUGCCUAGUGAAAAUAGUUCACAGCAACAGUCUCAACCAACCACACAUACAGAGUCCUACAAGGAUACACAUACCAGAUCAGCGAAGGGGAGAGAAAAACACAUUCAACGGAAACCUCCAAGUCACAGACAAAGAAGUCCAACAAUAGAGGAUCGAAAUCUUGAACAUCAUGUGGUUUCUCUUGUAUAGUUACUUUUUUGGGAAAAUGUUGUGAUUUUUUGUAAACUGAACUGGAAAUAUGUGCUUCCAAUGCUGUUAUUUUGUAGAUGUAACUGGAAUUUCUGAUGAAAUUAUUGAAUGUGAUGAUAAUGUUGAUGUCGAAUGACUUGCAUUAUG